AUAUAACCCACGAGCAAAGGAAGGAAACUCACUAUUCUGAUCGGCUUCAGGCAUGGAAGGAACCAUUUCCAGCCCCACAGAGAAGAGGAUUGCAGUUGUUACGGGAGGGAACAAAGGGAUUGGGCUGGAGAUAUGCAGGCAGCUGGCUCUUAAUGGUGUCACGGUCAUACUGACAGCCAGGGAUGAGAAGAGGGGUCAGGAGGCAGUGGAGAAGAUUAAAGAGUGUGGACUGUAUGAUGUUCUCUUUCAUCAGUUGGAUAUGACGGACUCUACCAGCAUCGCUUCCCUAGCGGAUUUCGUCGAAACCGAAUUUGGCAAGCUUGACAUCUUAGUGAAUAAUGCAGGUAUCGGAGGAAUGACAAUAGACUUUGAGACUUUAAAGGCCUCAAAACCAGCAAAUAAUGUGGAAGCCAAAGAUACCGGUGAUAUACCAGAUUGGUUGAAACCUCAUGUGCACCAAAGUUUAGAAAAAGCUGAAGAAUGCUUGAAGAGCAAUUAUUAUGGCACCAGAGAUGUUACAGAAGCAUUGAUUCCCCUUCUCCAGUCCUCAAUUUCAGGAAGAGUAGUAAAUGUUUCUUCUACCCUUGGGCAACUCAGGGUUAUCUCAAAUGAAAAGCUUGAGCGAGAUCUAUCGAAUGUUGAUGGCCUAACAGAGGAGAGAUUGGUCGAGCUGUUGAACUUGUUUAUCAAAGAUUUCAAGAAGGGCUUGUUGGAUGCCCAUGGCUGGCCAACCGUUGCUUCAGCAUAUAAAGUAUCUAAAGUGUUUAUCAAUGCCUACACCAGGGUUCUCGCAAAGAAGUAUUCCAACUUAUGCAUAAAUUGUGUGAAUCCUGGCUUUGUCAAAACUGACUUAAACUGGAAUAGCGGGAUCCUAACAACUAAAGAAGGUGCUAAAGGACCUGUCAUGUUAGCCCUGCAAACUGGUGCUGGUCCUUCGGGCCUUUUCUUUGAUCAAACCGAAGUGUCAAACUUUUGAAUGUGAUUAAUUUCACUGAGCUAAUAAUUUGUGGAGGAAAAGUAGUGUCAUUCACAAUUUCACUCGUGUAUGUGAACGUCAUCCUGUAUGUAUGAACAUUGCAUGAGCUCUCCCCACCAAGCUCAAUAUAUUGACAUGAAGAGAUCCAAUAACAUGUAUUCGUUGAUGUUUUUCCUUUUU